AUCCCGGUGCCCGGGUCCCGGUGGCUCUACCAACAGCAAAACACGCACAUUCUCGGCAAUUCCUCUAUUUCAAAACUGAAAUAACCAUGAAUGUUCGUUUCAAAUUCCAGAAUACGCCGGAAGCUGAUUAAAUGUGGGGGGUGUCCGUCCACAUUCUGGAUUCGACUAACAGAAUAAAACAAAUCGCCGGGGACACUCGAUGUGAUCCCGAGUUUUCCCGAAGACUCGAAGUUAAAAAUAACCCACACAACAUGAUAAAUGGCGUUUGAGCGGUCGCUGCACACGAAAAAAAUGUCCAGUCGAAGCAUGCCCCCUCCGGGUAUGACAAGGGGUAAUACGCGGUCCCGUUUUACCAAAGACUUCACACCUGUAACUUGGCAGCAUUACUUUGAGAAAUGUGAAGAUAUACAAGUAGGCAGUGAUACAUUCAGAGUUUAUGAAAGUGGAUGUGAAGGUCCAGCUGUAAUAUUUCUACAUGGUGGAGGACAUUCUUCUUUGUCUUGGGCUGUUCUUUCUGCGUCAUUAUCAAAGAUUAUAAAAUGUAGGAUAUUAGCAAUAGAUAGCAGAGGACAUGGGAAUACACAGACAACUAAUGAUGAUGAUCUAUCAGCAAACGUCCUAUCCAGAGAUAUUGGUAAUGUUGUUGAUGCAUUCUAUGGUGAUGAGGUUCCACAUAUCAUUCUUGUAGGACACAG